AUGGAUGGGUUCUGCCUAGAGCAAGAGACUGGACCUCCAUUGAACUCUGAAGGACCAGGAAACCGUGCCCCAACCACCCGUUGCCAGGUGGCUGACUCCAAGACCCGGGAAGGAAUUACAGACACUCCAACAUAUUCCACAGAACCUUCUACCGAACCUUCAUCCUAUUCUUCUACUUCCAUAUCAGGAUUUACAGACACUCCACCAUAUUCCACAGAACCUUCUACCCAGCCUUCAACUGAUUCCUCUCCUGCCACAUCAGGAAUUACAGACACUCCACCAUAUUCCACAGAACCUUCUCCUGAACCUUCAACCUAUUCUUCUACUGCCACAUCAGGAAUUACAGACAUUCAACCAUAUUCCACAGAACCUUCUACCGAACCUUCAACAUAUUCUUCUACUUCCACAUCAGGAUUUACAGACACUCCACCAUAUUCCACAGAACCUUCUACCGAACCUUCAACCUAUUCUUCUACUGCCACAUCAGGAUUUACAGACACUCCACCAUAUUCCACAGAACCUUCUCCUGAACGUGUAACUGAUUCUUCUACUGCCACACCAGGAAUUACAGACACUCCAACAUAUUCCACAGAACCUUCUACCGAGCCUUCAACUGAUUCUUCUACUGCCACAUCAGGAAUUACAGACACUCCAACAUAUUCCACAGAACCUUCUACCGAACCUUCAACCUAUUCUUCUACUGCCACAUCAGGAAUUACAGACACUCCACCAUAUUCCACAGAACCUUCUACCGAGCCUUCAACUGAUUCUUCUACUGCCACAUCAGGAAUUACAGACACUCCACCAUAUUCCACAGAACCUUCUCCUGAACCUUCAACCUAUUCUUCUACUGCCACAUCAGGAUUUACAGACACUCCACCAUAUUCCACAGAACCUUCUCCUGAACCUGUAACUGAUUCUUCUACUGCCACAUCAGGAAUUACAGACACUCCACCAUAUUCCACAGAACCUUCUCCUGAACCUUCAACUGAUUCUUCUACUGCCACUUCAGGUAUUACAGACACUCCAACAUAUUCCACAGAACCUUCUCCUGAACCUUCAAAUUAUUCUUCUACUGCUACAUCAGGAUUUAGAGACACUCCACCAUAUUCCACAGAACCUUCUCCUGAACCUGUAACUGAUUCUUCUACUGCCACAUCAGGAUUUACAGACACUCCACCAUAUUCCACAGAACCUUCUACCGAGCCUUCAACUGAUUCUUCUACUGCCACAUCAGUGACUCAGCCCACCUGUGGAGGACACUUCUUUGAUUCUGGGUCAAUCUCCAGCCCUGACCAUCCAAAUUAUUACCCUGACAAUGCAUAUUGUGUAUGGCAGCUCUCUGCUCCUGCAGGGCAGAGGAUCUUACUGUCAUUUGAAAAUCUUGAGCUUCAUCACUGCUGUGACUGUGACUAUAUAUACGUGUAUGAUGGCUCCUCCAAUGCCUCUUCACUGCUGGGGAAGCUGUGCUACAAUGACACCACCCUCCGGGACUUCCGCUCAUCCUCCUCAUACAUGACUGUCCUGUUCAGGAGCGACAGCUCAGGUGUGGCCCGUGGCUUCAAAGGCUUCUUCAGCAGCUCUCUGCCCAAAAACACAGCUAGUGUGGUCUGUUCCUCAGAGAGCAUGACCAUUGUAAUUCAGAGAUCAUACCUGGACUCUUUGGGCAUCAGCUGGUAUAAUCUCUAUGUGGAUGACCAUCGUUGCAGACCUUCUGCUAACAGCUACGAGGUGUCCUUCAACUUUCCCAUUGACAUGUGUGGAACCAGUAAAACGACCAACAAAGGACAAGUUGUCUACCAUAACCAUGUGCGAGCAGCGUCAUCCCAGUCAGGCGAGAUCACGCGGCAACUUGAACAAUUCCUGCUAAGCGUGAACUGCCACAUAGAGCAGGACACCACAGUGGGGAUAGUCUACAAGACCGAAGUGAUGAUCAACAGCACCAUCACCACCACAGGCCAGUUUAACGCGAGCAUAGACUUCUACCCUUCCAGCAGCUUCUCCUAUCCCAUACUUGAAUUUCCUUAUGAGGUCAGGCUCAAUCAGGACCUGUACGUUCAGGUGCAACUUAGCAGAGCUGAUGACACCCUGGACCUCCUGGUGGACAGUUGUGUGGCCUCUCCCAACAACAACUUCCAGUCUCGCUCCUACACCCUGAUCCAAAAUGGCUGUGCGAAGGACAGCACGGUCUACAUUUACACCAACGGGAGGCAGUACUACGCUCAGUUCCAUUUCAGGGCCUUCAAGUUCCUGCGGACUCAUUCCUACGUCUUCCUGCAGUGUAGGGUGAUCGUCUGCGCUGACAACGACUACAACUCCCGCUGUCGCCAAGGCUGCCGCAUGCGCAAGAAGAGAUCCCUCGACUCCUCCCACCACACUGAAACGGUCACACUGGGGCCAAUCACCCUCAAAGGUGCGAAGUCUGCUGUCGAGGUUGAGAAAGAAAAAUGA